AAAGAAGAGAAGGCCAUGAUCGCCAAGAUGAACCGCCAGAGAACCAACUCCAUUGGGCACAACCCACCACACUGGGGGGCUGAGCGCCCCUUCUACAACCACCUGGGCGGCAACCAGGUGUCCAAGGAGAUGAAGCGGAUGGGCUUUGAAGACCCCAAGGACAAGAAUGCCCAGGAAAGUGCAAACCCUGAGGACGAAGUGGAUGAGUUUCUGGGUCGGGCCAUCGACGCCAGGAGCAUCGACAGGUUGCGAUCUGAGCAUGUCCGCAAGUUCCUCUUGACCUUUAGGGAGCCUGACUUGGAGAAGAAGUACUCCAAGCAGGUGGAUGACCGCUUUGGUGCCUACGUGGCCUGUGCCUCUCUCGUCUUCCUCUUCAUCUGUUUUGUCCAAAUCACCAUCGUGCCCCACUCCGUGUUCAUGCUGAGUUUCUACCUGGCCUGCUUCCUGCUGCUGACCUUGGUGGUGUUUGUGUCCGUCAUCUACUCCUGUGUGAAG